GAAGGCGAGAGAGCGAGGGAAAGAGGGAGCAGUAAAAGAGAGGCAAAGGUAGAGAGAGAGGGAGUGACCGAGAAAGAAGGCACUCGGGAAAUGAGAGGAGGGAGAGAAUGAAAAGAGAGGGUGAAGGAGAAAAUGAAGAGAAGGAGAGGGAGAAGAUCAGAGGAAGCAGGAGAUAAGGGAAGGUGUAAAUGAAAUAGUAAAGUGCUCAGAUAAUGGCCUGGUGUAUUCUCCGUCAGGGAUGACUAUGGUGGUUGAGUUCAUUGCUGGAUCCUUGGGCAGUCAGGGUAUCAAGUGGGGCUUUGAGGUGGGAGACCAUCCAUAACUGGUACAAGGCUGGUGUAGGGUUCUGAGUUGGAUGAUCAGCCAUGAUCAUACUGAAUGGCGAUGCAGGCUCGAAAGGCCGAAUGGCCUACUCCUGCACCUAUUUUCUAUGUUUCUAUGUAACCUUGGUUACUGGCGGAGUGUUUCUGGAGGCCAGAAUCUUCCAGCUCUGGGCAGUCUAUGGCUGGCAACUCCCUUCCUCGUGUUCUGGUGGAAAAAGACAGAGUUUCUCUGGAUGCUUGUGCCUGAAUCUUUAUGAUAUUUUAUUUAUCUUGUCCCGUGUGCAAAAAGCCAGAUGGUUCGAGUGACUGACCGCCACUUUCAACCGAUAGGUAGAAGCUCUGUAAAUCACUCCUUACAAUGGUCACAUCAAUCCUAAUGAUAAUUAUUCCCCCCUUUCUCCCUAAAGGUCUGAAGAAGGUAGCAUAAACCUUUCUCCUUCCAUUCCCCAUGUGGGUACCCUCUCACCCCUUCUCUUUACACCUGCCCAUCACCUGCUGGCUCCCCUCCUGACCCCCUUUGUUCCAUGGGCCACUAUCCUCUCCGAUCAGAUUCAUAGAAACAUAGAAAAUAGGUGCAGGAGUAGGCCAUUCGGCCCUUCGAGCCUGCACUGCCAUUUAUUAUGAUCAUGGCUGAUCCUCCAACUCAGAACCCUGCCCCAGCCUUCCCUCCAUACCCCCGACCCCCGUAGCCACAAGGGCCAUAUCUAACUCCCUCUUAAAUAUAGCCAAUGAACUGGCCUCAACAGUUUCCUGUGGCAGAGAAUUCCACAGAUUCACCAAUCUCUGUGUGAAGAAGUUUUUCCUAAUCUCGGUCCUAAAAGGCUUCCCCUCUAUCCUCAAACUGUGGCCCCUCGUUCUGGAUUCCUCUGACUUCAGCCACCUUCCUUCUCACUUCAUCUUCCCCUACCCCACGCAGCCACCCACUUACCUCCUCACCUGGUCUCACCUUCAAUUCCACCUCCCCCCCCCCACCUUCUUAUUCUGGCUUCUGCCCCUUUCCAGAGCUGGGAAUCCUGAGCCGCACACACAGAAUGCUGGAGGAACUCAGCAGGUCAGGCAGCGUCUGUGGGAUGAAUAAACAGUUUCCACCUGAGUCCCUUCAUGAGGGCUGGCUUCUCCCUGUUGUUUACCAGUCUGGAUGCAGGCUCUCACAAGCACGAAAAAAUCUACAGAUGCCGGAAAUCUAAAGCAACACACACACACACACACACACACAAAAUGCUGGAGGAACUCAGCAGGUCAGGCGGCAGCGAUGGAAAAGAGUAAACAGUCGACGUUUCGGGCCCAGACUCUUCGUCAGUUCUGUAAAAUGAUCUGUCACCUUGGAGGGUUGGGACUUGAGACAUGGAAGGUUCCUCCCCUGGCCCCCACCCACAGCUUGCUGAGUUCCUGUCGCAGGUCAUAUGUUGCUCCCCAUGCUGAAGAUUGUCCUUACAAUCUGGUAGCGUCUAAUGGGGUUGUAACAAAACAAUGCUCUCCUUCACUACGGACAGAUGCACGCAGCAUUUCGGAAUCACUGGUACUGUGCAAGUCCUGGCUAUUUAGCACAGUACUGUUCAAACUCCUUACACACUGUGGCAAGGGUCAAACACCGAUCACUUCGGCACCGUGCUGUAGAUGGAGGGCUAGGGCUUGGAGGGAUAGGGGCUGAGAGCAGGAACUUUGGACGAGGUGGGCUCAAUAAGGGCAUCGAAGUACGGGGAGAAGGACGAUGUUUCCUUUUUAAAUCUUUUUAUUGAGUGAAAGCAAUGAAGAGCGUGCGAUUGAACAAUGGCGUCGAGAUGCCUCUGGUGGGGCUGGGCACCUUCAAGCUGAGGGGGUACGAGGCUGUGUACCAGGCGCUGGACGCGGCUCUGGCGCAUGGCUACCGCUCCUUCGACACGGCCAGCGUCUACCAGAACGAGGCGGACAUCGGCAAAGCCCUGAGGGACCUCCUCCCCCGGCACGGGCUGUCCCGGCGGGACCUGUUCAUCACGAGCAAGCUGUCCCCCAGGGACCACGGGCGCGAGGCGGAGGCAGGCUGCCUGCGGAGCCUGGAGGCUCUGGACUGCGGGUACUUGGACCUCUACCUGAUCCACUGGCCUGGCAAGCAGGGCCACAAGAGCGAAGACGCCCGCCAUCCAGCCUGGCGCCAAGAAAGCUGGCAGGCACUGGAGAGGUUGUAUGGCAGUGGGGCCUUCCGGGCCAUCGGAGUGUCGAACUACACAGUGGGCCACCUGCAAGAACUCCUGGCCAGCUGUCAGGUCAGGCCAGCUGUGCUCCAAGUGGAAUAUCACCCCCGGCUGGUGCAGGAGGAGCUCCUGGCCUUCUGCACGGCCAACGGCAUCCAUUUGCAGGCCUACUCCUCCUUGGGCACCGGCUGCCUGCUCACAGAGCCCACGGUCCAAGCUCUGGCCGCCAGCUACGGCAGAACUCCGGCCCAGGUGUUGCUGCGGUGGGCCCUGCAGCAGGAGAUUGGUGUCAUUCCCAAGUCGUCGCAUCCCGAGCGGAUUGCCCAGAAUAUCCAGCUUUUCGAUUUUGUUCUCAGCGAGGAGGACAUGGGGGUCCUGAAGCGGAUGCACACAGACACAUGGUACUGCUGGGAUCCCCGGCUCGUGGUGUGAGUGUGUGCGUUCGCUGGGCUCACAGCACCCUGGUCAGUCCGUCUUGCUCACAAGGCCUUGGACACACUGCACCUUAAUCUCCAGCAUGUCGUGGGAAUGAGAAAACAGCGGAUGUUUUGGGCCAAAACCUCUCUUCGGGACUGGAAAGGAAGGGGGAAUAAAACGUUGGCGGGGGGCUUGGGUUGAGGAGAAGGAGGAUAGCUAGUGUCACAAGUACUUGAUGAAGGAGUCACAACUGCUGAGAGAUUGAGUGAGGGAAUUAACACGUGUCCAAAUAACAGUUCCAAAUCAAAAAAUGUAUGUUCGAUCCUUUAUUACAAAACCAAAUGAUCAAAAAUAGUGAUUAAAACCUAACAAUACUAGCGUAACAACAGCAGAAUUAGUGGUCAAUAAAAAAUCUCCAUUCGCUGCUCACCCCUCUCUAACUAAACUAACAGCACAAAACUGUGAGCACGUGCUCUUGGCUUC